UUUGAACAUGUCUCCAUGAUAGUGAUUCUCCUGAACUGUGUGACUCUGGGGAUGUACCAACCCUGUGAAGACGUCACCUGUCAGGCAGAGUGGUGCCUCAUACUACAGGUGUUUGACGACUGUAUCUUUGCGUUUUUCGCGGUGGAGAUGGUCAUUAAGAUGGUGGCUCUGGGGAUCUUCGGUUCUAAGUGUUACCUUGGCGACACCUGGAACCGACUGGACUUCUUCAUCGUAAUGGCAGGGAUGAUGGAGUAUUCUCUGGACGGACACAACGCCAGUCUGUCAGCUAUCAGGACCGUACGCGUUCUGCGGCCGCUCCGGGCAAUCAACAGAGUCCCUAGUAUGCGUAUCCUGGUGACUCUGCUCCUAGACACUCUCCCCAUGCUGGGUAACGUCCUGCUCCUCUGUUUCUUCGUCUUCUUCAUCUUCGGCAUCGUCGGCGUGCAGCUGUGGGCGGGGCUACUGAGAAACAGGUGCUUCAUGGGAGAAGACUUCAGAACGCUCUAUAACCUGUCAUUGAGUGUGUACUACCAGCCGGAGGAGAGCGAGGAGGACCCCUUCAUCUGCUCAGCAAUUCGGGAGAAUGGAAUGUUGCGUUGCCAUGACGUCCCACCCUACAGCGAGGGAGGGGCCGAGUGCUCGCUGCCCGCGCCCUCUCCUGGCGGGGAGGGUGGGAUCAGAGACGGCUGUGUGAACUGGAACCAGUACUAUAACGUCUGUCGGCCCGGCAACGUCAACCCUCACAAAGGAGCGGUGAACUUUGACAACAUAGCCUACGCAUGGAUAGCAAUAUUCCAGGUGAUAACCCUGGAAGGCUGGGUGGACAUCAUGUACUACGUUAUGGAUGCUCACUCCUUCUACAACUUUAUAUAUUUUAUAUUCCUCAUCAUAGUGGGCUCUUUCUUCAUGAUCAACCUGUGCCUGGUAGUCAUAGCGACCCAGUUUGCGGAGACGAAGCAGCGUGAGAACGCGUUGAUGCGUGAGCAGCGAGCGCGUUACAUGUCCAACGACAGUACUCUGGCCAGCUACAGCGAACCGGGAUCCUGCUACGAAGAGAUGCUGAGAUAUGUCUCACACCUCUACCGUAAACUGACCCGACGAGUACAACGCAUGUACACAACCUGGCACAGUAAGCGUCGUAAGAAGGUGAACCCUAACGGAGGAGGAAGUGGUCCGGGGGUCGGCCGCAGAACAUCCGGAAACGCCCCCUGGCUCCGCCCCGUACACAACCUGCUGCAGCAUCACCAGCGCCACCACUGUCGGCACAGCAACGGAGGACACACCGCCGUAGCAACAGGUGGGGAGGAGCUGGAGAUGAGGUCACUUUCUGUCCCGGGUCGUGACCCUUCUGUGACCCCUGGGCUGGGGUCGUCUCUCCUGGGUCGUCUGAACGGAGGGAUGAACUACCCCACCAUCCUGCCCUCCUUCGUCUGCAGCUACCGCAGCUGCACCCCCACAGACCCCCACAACCCCCUCCCCUCACACCCCCACAAGCCCCUCCCCACACAGCCUCACAUCCCCACACACCCCCACAACCCCCUCCCCAGACACCCCCACAACACCCUCCCCACAAGCCUCCACAUCCCCCUCCCCACACAGCCUUACAGCCCCCUCCCCACACACCCCCACAGCCCCCAACCCACACAACCCCACAUACCCCUCCCCAAACAGGCCCAGAGGCCCCUCCCCACACAGCCCUCGCCCCUCUCAGAAAACAGUCCGGACCCCCUCAGCAAGCUGCACCAACUCAUGGGACAGCACAGCCGUCCUCGGCUGCUGUACCAGCUGGCUGGCGUGGUUCCCUCCCCUCUCCUCCUGGAGCUGUUGGGCUGCCCGCUGUGUGCCCGCGCCCUAGAGGGCAUGGAGCUGGACCUGAGCGACCUGGAGGGGUCUAGGGGAGAGGCCCACACCCUGCACGACUUCCCCCAGGGAGGAGAGGGGCGCGGCAGCCGUGGGAGGCGCCGGCGGAAGGCAGGGCUGGGGGCAGGGCUGGGGCUCGGGGUGAAGAGGGCCAGUAACAGGCUGCUGGAGCUGGGGACAGGAUUCAGAGACAGACUGAAAUGCAUCGUAGACAGCAAGUACUUCAACAGAGGGAUCAUGACCUCCAUCCUCAUCAACACUCUCAGUAUGGGGAUAGAAUACCAUCAACAGCCGGUACAGUUGACUGAUGUCCUGGAGAUCAGUAACAUCGUGUUCACCUGCAUGUUCCUCCUGGAGAUGAUGUUCAAGCUGCUGGCCUUCGGUCUCUUCGGCUAUAUCAAGAACCCCUACAACAUCUUCGACGGUAUCAUCGUCAUCAUCAGUGUCUGGGAGAUCGUUGGGCAGGCGGACGGCGGUCUGUCUGUCCUGCGUACCUUCCGUCUGCUGCGAGUCCUGAAGCUGGUCCGGUUCCUGCCCGCCCUGCGCAGACAGCUGGUGGUUCUGAUGAAGACUAUGGACAACGUAGCCACCUUCUGUACACUGCUCAUGCUCUUCAUCUUCACCUUCAGUAUCCUAGGCAUGCACCUGUUUGGGUGUAAAUUUAAUCAGCAGAUGGAGAACGGAGACACCAUCCCAGACCGCAAGAACUUUGACUCGCUACUCUGGGCCAUCGUUACUGUGUUCCAGAUCCUGACUCAGGAGGACUGGAAUGUGGUCCUGUAUAACGGCAUGGCCUCCACCUCUCCUCUCGCUGCUCUCUACUUUGUGGCUCUGAUGACGUUUGGGAACUAUGUCCUCUUCAAUCUGCUGGUGGCCAUCUUGGUGGAGGGCUUCCAGGCUGAGGGUGAUGCCAACCGGGCGGACUCUGACGAUGACAAGAGGUCUGAUGACGAUGGAGAGGAGGAGAAGAAAGAGAAGGUUGAAGAGCUGAAAGACACAGAGCUGAAGCUGUAUUCUCUGAUGAUGACGGCCAACGGUCACGCGGACCGCAACACUCUGGCCCCUCCAAUAACCAUCACGCGCACGGCGGCGACACCCGUGCCGACGCCCAAGAGCUCAUUGGGCCCCGAGUCCGUUCUGGGGGAGGGGCUGGUGUAUGGAGAUGUGUGUUCAGACUUCGGGGAUUCUCGUCGCGGCAGCGCUGCUGCUUCCAUAGACCCCUACGACCAGCGCUCUCUGUCCAGCCCCGGCCAGCACUCGCCCCUCCCUCCCAGAGGUCAGGGUUCAGUCAGUGGGUGGGGCAGCAGGAGGUCAAGUUGGAACAGUCUCAACCGUGCCCCCAGCCUCAAACGCAGCAAAACCAGUGGAGAGAGGGAGAGUCUGCUCUCAGGGGAGGGAGGAGGGGAGGAGGAAGAGGGGGCCUUAGAGCUGCUACAGGUGUCCUCUCUGAGCCCGUCUGUAACAGGGGAGUACGGGGACUGUAACGGGAGGAGUCUUCAUCACAUGACCUAUGACCCCAACAAGGACCUUUCCCCUGACGAUGACAUGGAGGAGGACAACCUGUGGUUCAGGGUCAGGAGAACGCUGCAGAGCUACAAGCCGCGCUGGUGUAGAGAACAUGAAGACUGGAACCUCUACCUGUUCUCCCCUCGGAACUCGUUCCGUGUGUGGGCUAAGGGGAUGAUAUCUCAUAAGAUGUUUGAUCACGUGGUCCUCCUCUUCAUCUUCCUCAACUGCAUCACCAUCGCUCUGGAGAGACCCGGCAUUCUGCCUCACAGCACCGAGAGAGUGUUUCUGGGUGUCUCCAACUACGUGUUCACUAUCAUCUUCCUGGCUGAGAUGACUGUCAAGAUUGUAGCGUUGGGGUUCUGCUGGGGUAAACAGAGCUACCUGAAGAGCAGCUGGAAUGUUCUGGAUGGGAUCCUGGUGUUUGUCUCUCUGGUGGACAUCCUGGUUUCUCUGGCCUUGACUGGAGGGAACCGCAUUCUGGGAAUCCUCAGAGUACUACGACUGCUACGCACACUACGACCUCUCAGGGUGAUCAGUCGAGCCCCAGGGCUGAAGCUGGUAGUGGAGACUCUGAUCACGUCUCUGAGACCCAUCGGAAACAUCGUCCUCAUCUGCUGCGCUUUCUUCACUGUGUUUGGAAUACUGGGAGUACAGCUGUUCAAGGGUAAAUUCUACCUCUGUGAAGGCCUGGACACCAGAAACAUCACCACCAAGUCAGACUGUCUGCUGGCCAACUACCGCUGGACACGCAGGAAAUACAACUUCGACAACCUGGGACAGGCGCUGAUGUCUCUGUUCGUGCUGUCCUGUAAGGAUGGAUGGGUCAACAUCAUGUAUGAUGGCCUGGAUGCAGUGGGAGUAGACCAGCAGCCGGUGAGGAACCACAACCCGUGGAUGCUCCUCUACUUCAUCUCCUUCCUCCUCAUCGUCAGUUUCUUUGUCCUCAACAUGUUCGUUGGCGUGGUCGUGGAGAACUUCCACAAGUGUCGUCAGGACCAAGAAGAGGAAGAGCAGCGGCUACGGGAAGAGAAGAGGCUCAAAAUCCUGGAGAAAAAGCGCAGGAGUAAGGAGAAGGAUGGUGCCGAGGCCCAACAGAGGCCCUACUAUGCAGACUACUCCCCUGUGCGUCUCACCAUCCACACGUUGUGCACCAGCCACUACCUGGACCUCUUCAUCACCAUCAUCAUCGGCAUCAACGUCGUCACCAUGAGCAUGGAGCAUUACAACCAGCCACAGUAUCUGGAGGAGGCUCUGAAGUACUGUAACUACCUGUUUACCUGUAUCUUCAUCAUCGAGACCCUGCUGAAACUAGUGGCCUUCGGACUGCACAGGUUCUUUAAAGACAGGUGGAACCAGCUGGACCUGGCCAUAGUGCUGCUGUCCAUCAUGGGCAUCACUCUGGAGGAGCUGAAGAUGAACGCAUCGCUACCCAUCAACCCCACCAUCAUCAGGAUCAUGAGAGUCCUGAGGAUCGCUAGAGUGUUGAAGCUGUUGAAGAUGGCUACAGGGAUGAGAGCUCUUCUGGACACGGUCAUGCAGGCCUUGCCACAGGUUGGGAAUCUGGGUCUGCUCUUCAUGUUGCUGUUCUUCAUCUACGCAGCACUGGGAGUUGAGCUGUUUGGGAAACUGGAGUGUAACGACAGUAAUCCGUGUGAGGGUCUGAGUCGCCACGCCACCUUUGAGAACUUUGGGAUGGCGUUUCUCACGCUGUUCAGAGUCUCUACUGGGGACAACUGGAACGGCAUCAUGAAGGACACGCUGCGUGAGUGUCUUCCAGAGGAGCGCUCCUGUCUGACCUACCUUCCUCUGAUGUCUCCGGUGUACUUCGUGACCUUCGUCCUCAUGGCCCAGUUCGUGCUGGUCAACGUGGUGGUGGCGGUGCUGAUGAAACACCUGGAGGAGAGCAACAAGGAAGCCAAGGAGGAUGCAGAGAUGGACGCCGAGAUCGCGCUGGAGAUGGAGAGAGCUAGACGUCUUAGUGCCGCCUCUAACACGUCGGCGCUGGGCGGGGCAUACGUGGGGCCACGCCCACAUUCACCUGGUCAGGAGGAGGAGGGUCAGUGCAGCCAGGAGGAGGAGGGUCAGUGCAGCCAGGAGGAGGAGCUUCUGUCCCCAAGGAGGAUGUCCGUAUCCAGGAUGCAUUCUCUCCCUAACGACAGCUACAUGUUUCCUCCUGUACGAUCUGCUAGCGCCCCCUACCCUCUACACGAACACAGCAGCCCCCUGCACCAGGCCUCAGGCUCUGUGACAUCGGUGCACUCCCAGCCAUGCGAAGACCAGGCUGUACUGCCCGGCCUCUCGCACCCUGUUCCCCCUCACAUCGCCCCGCCAAGGCCCUCGCCCAGGGGGCUGCGUAGACAGGUGGCUGUGAAGGUGGACUCGGUGGAGGUUCAGAGUGUUGCCUCAGUAGACAGACAGGAGCCCCUCUCAACCCUCCGCCUGCUCUCCCCCUCCCGCCCCCCCUCUCCGCCCUUCCUCUCGGAUCCCGCCGACGAGGAGGUGUGGCACAUCACCAGCUCAGCGCGCCAUUGGUGGGACAGACAUGGAAGUGGGCGGUGUCACUCCCUCUCCCCCUACGCCUCCCCCGACUCCCCACCCUCCCUGAGGAGCCGAGGGAGUGCGCUCAGCCUGCUGGGGGCGGGGCUACAAGCUCACGACCCGAGGAAGGGCUUCGGCGUAGACACCCAGUGCUUCCUGGAUAAACCCCGUUGUCCUGACGACCAGCGACGACACUCCAUCGAGAUCUGCCCGUCCCCUCCGGAGGACCCACUGCUAGGGGAGGGGUGGGAGGUGGACGGGGACGAGAGGAGGCCCAGGGGUCAGGGGUCAGAGGUUAGAGGUCACAGGAAGAAGAGGAUGAGCCCACCCUGCAUCUCCAUCCACCCCCCGUGUGACCCAGCAGGCCGCGCCCCCUCGGAGCCGCAGGCAGACUGUAACCUGCUGCUGAGACGCAGGACCCCCUCCUACGACGUCGCCGACACACACACCCCCACACACAGGCUGACGCCGACACACACACCGGUACACACACUCACGCCUACACACACGCCAACACAUCACCACACACUCGUACAGACUCUCCCUCACGUGGUAACACACACCCCGACACACACACACACACACCUCCUGCCCCAUGCACACACUCUUAUCCGUACACAUACUCUACCUCAUUCACACACACACACUCCGUCCCUGAACUCUGACACGAGACCUUCCUCUCUCUACAGUGACUACAAGCCCCUCCCACAGUUCACCUUUGACCAACCAGAGCACAGAUACACGAGUGGCAUGUCCGCUGGCCUAUCGAGCAAUGAACCAGCCACAAGUCCCUCGCACUUUAACAGCAGGGCGGGGUUUAGCUCGAUGAACAGGAGAACUGCCCAAUGAGAGACAGAGCCUGGUACUGUAGUAGGAGAGGGAUUCGUCAGAAAGACUAAACCCCAUCCAGAGGGUGUGGCCUGAUCUGGACAGAGAUGGGUUGGAUGGAGAGAGAGAGAGAAAG